CACGGAGUGAGUAGCGUUAGUUCAUCUGUCUCCGCCAUUCAAAACUUCUGGGCCUGGAAACAAGUGUAUUGUCUUUUAUUUCCCGUCUCUUUUAUCUUGAAGAGAUAUGACGCGAGAAAAUGAAGAAGAAGAAGUGACGGCGGGUUUGUGUUCCCACUGAGCGUUCGGGCUUCCAGCCAGAGAGAGAUGAAAAGCUGCCAAUGAGCGCACAUGCUACGAUAAGUACCCUCCAUGGCUGCCCAUCGAAUCAUCCGAGUGACGAGCGGUAACCACAUCCUCCCUCGCUGUAAGUCUGAGGGGACGCUCAUCGACCUCAGUGAAGGGGUGACUGGAGCCAGUCUCAAUGAUGUCAAAGUGCCUUCUCCCAGUGCCUUAAGGCUGGGCACCUCCUCCUCCUAUGGUGCUGCACAGGAAGUAGUUGCCAUAAAGGAUUACUGCCCCAGCAGCUUCACCACACUGAAAUUCUCCAAAGGCGAUCACCUCUAUGUACUAGACACAUCAGGUGGAGAGUGGUGGUACGCCCACAACAACAUGGAAAUGGGAUACAUCCCGGCCGCCUACGUACAGCCCGUCAACUUCAGAAAUUCUUCACUUAGUGACAGUGGGAUGAUUGACAGUCUUGGGGAGGGAUAUGAAGAUGGGUCAAAGGAGUUUGGAGGUCUGGGGGAGUGGACAGGGAUGUCCCUUAAGCCCAGUAACCGUCCCUUCUCUGUGAAUCCUUUUAUUUGCUCAUUAGACCAGAGUUGCAGAGAUACAGGGGUAAGGAACUCAGCAGAUCUUAUUCUCUUUGACGCUCUAGCAUCUCCAUCUUCUUGCUCCAACUUUAACACUAGUACAGUCAUGACCAGUGGAUUUAGCAGCUGCCACUUUAACAAUCCAAACCCCACCAGCCCCACCCAAGAGGUUGCCCCACAUCGCCACCGGGAUAAUCAAUUUUUCAGGAGUAAACGUUCCCACAGUCUGUCAGAGCUGUCCGUUCUGCAGGCUCAGUCCAAUCCAGCCCUACCUUCUUCAGGAUUUUUCACCGGUCUUAAGGCUCCUACCCCAGAGCAGUUUCAGAGCAGGGAGGACUUCAGGACUGCUUGGCUUAACCACAGGAAAGUAGCCAGGUCCUGCCAUGACCUUGACUCCCUGGGGCAGAGUCCCGGGUGGGGGCAGACACAGCCGGUGGAGACCAACGUUGUGUGCAGGUUGGACAAUAAUGGAGGUGUUAUUCAGCUCCCAGACACUCACAUCAGUGUGCACGUCCCUGAAGGCCACGUUAGCCAUGGAGACCACCAGCAGAUCUCAGUGAAAGCCUUACUGGACCCUCCUCUGGAGCUCAAUAGUGACCACUGCUCUACUGUCAGCCCUGUGGUGGAGAUCAAGCUCAGUAACAUGGAGACCAAGUCCUUCAUCACACUGGAGAUGAAGGUAUCAGUAACAGUCAAGAAGGAGAGUUGUCACACUGUAGAGGUGCUGUGUGUUCGAAGUGAUUGCAAAGAAGGGCCUUACACACCAAUCCCUAAUGCUUACAUUUACAAGGACACAGUCCAGGUGCAGUUGGAUAGUCUAGAACCUUGUAUGUAUGUGGCUGUUGUGGUUCAGUCCCAGUGUAUCAGCCACAAUAUGACUGUGUGGGACCACGUGCAGAGGAAAGUAAUGCUGGGUGUUUAUGGACCCAAGCACAUUCACCCUUCCUUUAAGACGGUUGUGGCCAUGUUUGGUCAUGACUGCGCCCCCAAAACCUUGUUGGUAAGCGAGAUGGGUCGGCAGGCCACCUCAACUCCGCCAGUGGCCCUCCAGCUGUGGGGGAAGCACCAGUUUGUGUUAGGAUGUCCUCAGGACCUCCAGGUGGGAUUGUACUCCAACAUGUCCAACUAUCAGGUGAAGGCAAGUGAGGGCACCGGGGUGAUUCAGGGAUUUCAGGUUAAACUGGGGAAGGUCAGCAGGCUCCUGUACAUGAUCACAUCACACAACCCAACCAGCAUCUCAGAUUUCACUCUCAGGGUCCAGGUCAAGGAUGCCCUCGAUUGUAUCCUCACACAGUUCUGUGUUCAAACUCCACAACCGCCGCCAAAGACUGGAGUGAGGAUAACAGGCCAGAGGAGGUUUCUCAAAAAGAAAGAGGUGGAUCAGAUUGUCCUCUCACCACUGGCUGUCACCUCCAAAUACCCAAAGUUUCAGGACCGGUGCAUUACCAACCUGAAAUUUGGUAAGUUGAUCAAAACAGUGAUCAGGCAACACAAGAGCACCUAUUUGUUGGAGUACACGAAGGGUGAUGUCAUUGCUUUGCUCAGCGAGGAGAAAAUCAAAUUGCGAGGCCAGCUGCGGACCAAAGAGUGGUACAUUGCAUACUAUCAGGGGAAGAUGGGGCUUGUUCACGCCAAAAACGUUUUGGUUCUGGGUAAGGUCAAGCCCAUUUAUUGGUGUGGGCCAGACCUAACGACCACCAUGUUGCUGGACCAGAUCCUGAAGCCUUGCAAAUUUCUCACAUACAUCUACGCAACCGUGAGGACAGUUUUAAUGGAGAAUGUGGGGAGCUGGAGAGCAUUUGCUGAUGCCCUGGGAUACGGGAAUUUGCCGCUGAAUUAUUUUUGCCGGACUGAGCUGGAUAGUGAGCCGGAGAAAGUGGCGUCAGUUCUGGAGAAACUCAAAGAGGAGUGUACGAACGUGGAGAACAAGGAGAGGAAGUCCUUCCAGAGGGAACUCAUGGUGGCGUUGCUGAAGAUGGACUGCCAGGGUCUGGUGGCCAGGCUGGUCCUGGAUUUCGUCUUGCUGACUACGGCGGUGGAGGUGGCGUCCCGAUGGAGGGAACUGGCUGAGAAACUGGCCCAAGUGUCCAGACAGCAGAUGGAGGCUUAUGAAGCUCCACAUCGAGACAAGAAUGGUCUCCUGGACAACGAGUCUAUGUGGAAGCCCGCCUAUGACUUCCUCCUGACAUGGGCCGCCCACAUCGGGGACAGCUACCGUGAUGUGAUCCAGGAACUUCACCUCGGCCUGGACAGGAUGAGGAACCCCAUCACCAAGAGGUGGAAGCACCUGACUGGCACACUCAUCCUCGUCAACUGCCUCGACACCCUCCGCAGCGCCGCCUUCUGCCCCACCGGGUACGGAGACUUUGCUGUCUGAGCAUUUUUGUCCUGUUGGAGAACAUUUUCUAAAGGUGUGUGAGGAUUUUAUUUAUGGGUCAUGGUGGGAGUUACUGGAGAUCAGAAUAUCGGGGUUCUGAGUUUCACCUGUGCAGUUUGGUCACCCCAAGUAUAUUUUCAUGAACAAUCUGAAGGGCCUGUACUGAGGUUGGGUGUCAGAAUUUAAACUGGCCAGUCUCAGUCUGGUAGCUCUCUAGGUUUUCCUCAGCCUUCCACCUUCAGGAUCGAUCUAUACGUCCACGCAUCAGUUCUGCGGGAGCACUGAUCGGUUGUCAUUAAGCACCAGAGGUACAAACACCAGUGGACGAAUUCCCACAUUAGAAAAGUCAGUGCGACACUGGACAAUCUGCCUCUCUCUGUUUUUUUUUUAUGUCUCUUUUGUUUGUCCCACCUUUUUUUUUGUUUUUUUGCUUGUAUGUUUAUCCACCUCUUUUCUACCUCACCCCUUUUUCUUGAUCACUUUCUGACAUCUCUUUAGACAUACUGUAUCUUUCUGUCUUUUGCAUUUAGUCUUUAUCUUAGUGUGUCCGACUGUCUCCAGCUCUUUCUGUGACUUUCGUGCUGACAUGCUCUAAUUAAUGGUUUGUUUUUGCAGUCAUAUCUCUAUCUGUUCUUACAACUUCGGCCUCAGGACAACAUCAGAGACCUCAGCCACUGCAGUACACAGCCAGACAUACUGUGAACCUUUAAACCAUCCUUUGUCCUUUCAAGCCAAAUUUUAAACAUGACCAACUUUUCCCUCCAUUUGUUUUAUUCUUUGACUCCCUCUACUGGAUUUCUUUUUCUUCCAAAAGAUGGCAGAGCAGAUGUUACAAUCCAAAUGAAUCAGAAUGGCUUCAUACAUUCAGAACUUUUGACACUAACGUGCUUGCCAAAAACACAACUUUGUAGUAAAGGUAUAUAUACCUGUUGAUUCAAAAUAUAUUUUUAUACUUGUAGACCAAUACAGAUAAUGUAUUAUCAGCAGUGUUAUUGUUCUUCUAGCUUUGAUUUCCCUUGUGUGCAAGUGAUGUCCAUCAUAUUUCAGCUGUUGUAGCAAUGCUGCACUUUGGCAAAGUGAAGAUUUCAAUUUUAACAUAAUGAAGUCAAAAUUAUAGCGUCAGUAGGUUGAAUCUUAAUUCAAUCAGCUUUGAUGCAUUUAUUGUUUGAGUUUUUCUGUAUCUUAUUCAUUUCACUCUUUCAUUCAUUGUUUUUCUUGUUUAUUUUCAGUAUGUUUUGUGACUACUGCGGCGUUCCUGUAUUUGUCUGGGACAUAAUCUGAACAAAAAAAUGUGAUGUUUUGUCACCUGUGUUAGGUUGCACAUGUGAUCUGUUCUCAAAUAAAUCAAUAAAACUGAAACUUCAAAACAAAACGAUUUAAUGAAAAUCACUAUGUGGGUUUUUAAGCAAAUGGAUAUUUUGGUAUCUGAA